UUUACAGCCUACAAACGAAGAAGUUCGUACUUUAGAUUUGUUUUUCUCUGAGGAUUUUGUGAUUUUUGAUCCAACAUCUGCUGCUUCCACUUCUGUUGCUGCAAAAAUGCAAACGGCAGGCGAUGAAGAUCAAUCGCAUAUUGUCACUGGAGAUGAUGACUAUGGUGAUUUCACCACUGGACCUACUCAAGAAUUUCUAAGAAAGGCUCAUUUGGCUAAACCUGUAUCAACUGAACAACUAUCCAAAAGAAGAAAAACAGUUAUGUUUCAGAAAGUUAGUCUGAUGAACAGAAAUCAACAAGUUCUCAUUCAGUACGUCAUGUGUCGGAAAUUGAUGAUUCUCCUGAGCGCGAACAACUUAAGUAUGUUCCUUCGUCUUCCUCAACGCCUGAAGGGACUUCUAAGUCUACUUUAAAUAUGGAGCAGAUAAAGAGUUACAUCAAAACAUAUCAUGAAGAUGAGUACACAAGAUCAGUCAUUCACAUAACAAAUGAUGAACCAUCAGUACUUGAACCUUUGAAAACAGAGAUCCAAGAUUGUGUCCAUAUUCAUACUGAAUGUCCAACAAUAGCUGAAGUUCAAUUCGAUCAGAAGGAUGAGCAUAUGAAUGAUCAAGAAGAGGAACAUAAAGAAGAAUCGAAAAACACGCACAUUAUUGAAAUGGAAGAUAUAUCGAUAUAUUUCUGUCUAUCAUGUUGGUUUGUUUUGGAUGCAUAUCAAUAUUUUAAAUCGCUUUAUUUGUAG